GUCUGACAUAGUUCUGGCCAUAGGUUGUUCGAGUUACCAUUUCCAUUUGUUCUGUAAGAGGCAUACAAUGAGGACAUUAGGAAAUCCUAUCGAAACCGAUUUCAAUGGAUAUCAUAUAAUUGUAGGAAUUACUUACUGGAACGACCAUGUUAGAUUAACAAUCUGUGGUUUCAACAUUAUAUAUAUCACUAGAGUUCUGUGAUCGUAACUUUCCUCGCUGUUGCACUGUCUUCUACUGUGAUUCGAUCGACGUUGCCAUUUCUGCAAUGGAAUCUAUUCAUAAUUACUAUGGACGCCCUUCACUAUCGUCAACUACGCAAAACGUACGUCACUGGUUAGCUGAAGUAAACAAAACUGUAGCUGCAACAGCAAUACAGUUGCUGGAAGUUGCCCGCAGCGACAUCUGUAGGGGAAAGUGCAGCGUUAAGUCACAGACGAGAUAUCAGAGUAAGACCGAACACGAUACGAGGAUUUCGUGUCGCAUGUUCUGAGGUACCGACAUCGCAAGAAACCAGAGCUUUUAAAUUUAUAUUUCCACGUUUAUUUGAUUGCAACAGCGACAAUUUAAAUUGUCCGAAAAUCUUACAAUAUAUCUAUUAGUCCAGAUAGCAUAAUUCAACUUCUUAAGAUGAUCAAAUGCAUUGAAACAGUAAUUAAGGAUAAUAGAAAAGACGAAGACAUAAUAGAUUGAAAUAAAUACACGAUUAAAUUGAACAACGGUCUUACGAUUGGAAUUUCGAUGUGUGUGAAACGCAUCGUUUAAAUUAAAUUGCAAAGCUUCCAAAAAAAAAAUUGUUGGCGCAGAAAAACGCCUCCAUCCGCAAAUUCUGAAAUAUUACAGUUCCCAGAAACGUUUGAGGCGUUCACAAAGUUAAGAAUCCGUUAAUGUCUACAGGCAAUCAAAGAUCUAUUUGGAACAUCUAUUCAGCUUUCAACUUUCGAGUCACCUCAGUGUGCAGAUUUGUAAAUACAAAGUUCAGUCAACGAACCACCGUCUUUGAAAUCAGACGGCUCGCGAAAUUGAUUUUAUUUCUUGCGCGAAAUGAAUAUCAUUCGAUUCGAGGAGCCACAGUUUAUUAAACGAGUUAGCUGUAUAUUUAAUGUCUUUCCUUUGAUAAAUAUUACGUCGAUUUAAACUGCACGGUCUUAAAGUGUUGCUAUAAUAGAAUCGUCUCUGGAUCUAUUUAUUCGAUUAGAAGAACAAUCAAAAAUGGCAAAUCACAAUGACACAAUGCAGAAAGAAAAAUAUCUGAACGUACUAUUGGAGGAUGGAUGCAAAUACUUGAAAAUCGCAGACGUACUACUCAAGAGCAACAGAGAUGAUUUACCAAAUUUUCAGAAGACCUUAGCAAUGAUGGACAGUUUGUCGCGACACCGGACAGUAUUGAAGGAAGAUCUAGAGACACUGAAGGAAGUGGAGGGCGUAAUUCACAUGGACGAGGAAGAAGAAGAAGAAGUAGAAGAAGAGGAAGAAGACACGGAUGAAGACCAAGAAUCGCUAACAUCGGGAGAAUACGAUAAAGCCGACUGGCUUCAUAGAUUGAGUUCGUCUCUAUCCUACCGGAAAAAUAUCUUGAUGAACCUGGAAAUACAGUUGAUGAAGAAACUAGAUUUCCACGGCAAGCAGGUGAAGAUACGGUCGGAGAUGAACUGUAUUUUUCAGAAUUAUCGUAGAAUGGCAGAUGCAGUCCUCAGGCAGACCAAGAGUAUCGAGAAUUGUUUCAAGAAGGACAGAAGAUUGGCCAGUCGAUUUACAGGGAAGCGCGAGAAAUUAAAGAGGAUUCUGGCUGAUAUUAAUGAGAAACAACAAUUCUUUUGGGAAACGAAGUAGAAACGCAGGAACGAGAAUCUACGGAUGAGUACUAAUUUAUAUAUUAUUACAAAUUAUCGAACUAAUUUAUUUUGUUAUGUUUGUAUGUUAUUUAUGAAAUUCCAGUUCGUUGUUAUCACCAUGAUUGAAUAAACUUAAUCAUUUGUUCGCAAA